UCUCUCUGUCUCUCUCACUCACUCUCUCCUUCUCCCUCUCCCUCUCCUCUCUCUCCUUCCUCCUCCGCCUCCUCAGCUCUUGGGCUAGAAUAUCUAUGGGUCGAAACGUGAUGCGAUGAAUUCGAGAGAGAGCGAAACUAGGACGAGGAGUGCGGCGGAAGCGGCGGGACUCCCGGGCAUGGGGGCUUCACCACAAUAGAGGCAGCGCCCCCACCCGCCCCCGCCAGCCCCUCCGGAGCGAAGCCCCCAAACCCCCUCGGGAAAAGGAUGGCGGCGGCACCUACCCAGAUCGAAGCCGAGCUGUAUUACCUGAUCGCUAGGUUCUUGCAGUCUGGACCCUGCAACAAAUCCGCUCAGGUGCUAGUGCAGGAGCUCGAGGAGCAUCAGCUGAUUCCGCGCCGCUUAGAUUGGGAGGGGAAAGAGCACCGAAGAAGCUUCGAGGAUCUGGUGGCAGCAAAUGCACACAUUCCUCCAGACUACCUCCUUAAAAUUUGUGAGAGAAUUGGUCCUUUACUAGAUAAAGAGAUCCCUCAGAGUGUUCCUGGGGUACAGACAUUAUUAGGUGUCGGUCGGCAGUCUCUGCUACGGGAUGCCAAAGACUGUAAGAGUACACUAUGGAAUGGGUCUGCUUUUGCGGCUCUACAUAGAGGCAGACCUCCAGAACUACCUGUAAAUUAUGUGAAACCUCCAAAUGUGGUGAAUAUCACCUCUGCCAGGCAAUUAACCGGAUGUAGUCGCUUCGGUCAUAUUUUCCCUUCAUCUGCUUACCAGCACAUUAAGAUGCAUAAGAGAAUUCUGGGGCACUUGUCAUCUGUCUACUGUGUAGCAUUUGACCGAAGUGGGAGAAGAAUUUUUACAGGUUCAGAUGACUGUUUAGUAAAAAUUUGGGCUACAGAUGAUGGACGUCUUCUUGCUACACUUCGUGGACACUCUGCUGAAAUUUCUGACAUGGCUGUUAACUAUGAAAACACUCUUAUUGCCGCAGGCAGCUGUGAUAAGGUAGUAAGAGUAUGGUGUCUUCGAACUUGUGCACCCGUUGCAGUCCUUCAGGGCCAUUCAGCUUCUAUUACUUCCAUACAGUUUUGUCCAUCAACUAAAGGCACAAACAGAUACCUCACUUCUACUGGUGCUGAUGGAACAAUCUGUUUCUGGCAAUGGCAUGUCAAAACAAUGAAGUUUAGAGAUCGCCCAGUGAAAUUUACUGAGAGAUCCAGACCUGGAGUCCAGAUAUCUUGUUCAUCUUUCAGUUCUGGCGGUAUGUUCAUUACAACUGGUAGUACUGACCAUGUGAUUAGAAUAUAUUAUUUGGGUUCUGAGGUUCCUGAGAAAAUUGCUGAAUUAGAGUCACAUACGGAUAAAGUUGUUGCUGUUCAGUUCUGUAACAAUGGAGACAGUUUAAGAUUUGUUAGUGGAAGUCGAGAUGGAACCGCAAGAAUUUGGCAGUAUCAGCAACAAGAAUGGAAGAGUAUAGUGCUCGACAUGGCUACUAAAAUGACUGGCAAUAAUUUGCCAUCUGGAGAAGACAAGAUCACUAAACUUAAGGUGACUAUGGUGGCCUGGGAUCGCUAUGAUACCACAGUUAUUACUGCAGUGAAUAAUUUUCUUUUGAAAGUGUGGAAUUCUAUCACAGGACAGCUUCUUCAUACAUUAUCUGGACAUGAUGACGAAGUAUUCGUUCUGGAAGCCCAUCCAUUUGAUCAAAGGAUUAUACUUUCAGCAGGUCAUGAUGGGAACAUUUUCAUUUGGGACCUUGACCGGGGGACCAAAAUUCGGAAUUACUUUAACAUGAUUGAAGGCCAAGGCCAUGGUGCGGUGUUUGAUUGUAAAUUUUCACCGGAUGGAAACCAUUUUGCCUGCACAGAUUCUCAUGGGCAUUUGCUGCUUUUUGGUUUUGGAUGCAGUAAAUACUAUGAAAAGAUUCCAGAUCAGAUGUUCUUCCACACGGAUUAUCGUCCUCUUAUUCGUGAUGCCAAUAACUAUGUAUUGGAUGAACAAACCCAACAAGCUCCUCACCUCAUGCCUCCUCCAUUUUUGGUGGAUGUUGAUGGAAAUCCUCAUCCCACAAAAUUCCAACGGUUGGUACCAGGACGGGAAAAUUGUAAAGAUGAACAGCUUAUACCACAGCUGGGAUAUGUGGCUAAUGGUGAUGGUGAGGUAGUAGAACAGGUAAUUGGGCAGCAAACCAACGACCAAGAUGAGAGCAUUCUUGAUGGAAUAAUCAGGGAGCUGCAGAGAGAACAAGACUUGAGACUAAUUAAUGAAGGAGAUGUUCCACAUUUUCCAGUUAAUAGAGCAUACUCUGUUAAUGGUGCUCUGAGAAGUCCAAACAUGGACAUAUCUUCUUCCCCAAACAUCAGGCUUAGAAGACAUAGUAGUCAAAUUGAAGGUGUUAGACAAAUGCAUAACAAUGCUCCUCGGAGCCAGAUGGCCACUGAAAGAGAUCUCAUGGCAUGGAGCAGAAGAGUGGUGGUCAAUGAACUAAAUAAUGGGGUUAGUAGGGUACAGGAAGAAUGUCGAACUGCAAAAGGUGACAUAGAAAUCAGUCUUUAUACAGUUGAAAAGAAGAAAAAACCAUCUUAUACUACUCAAAGGAAUGAUUAUGAGCCUAGCUGUGGGCGUUCUUUACGAAGGACACAGCGCAAACGUCAACAUACUUACCAAACACGGUCCAACAUAGAGCAUAAUUCACAACCUUCCUGUCAAAAUUCAGGUGUACAGGAAGACUCAGACAGCUCCUCAGAGGAAGACGAAACUGUUGGCACAAGUGAUGCUUCAGUAGAGGAUCCUGUUGUUGAAUGGCAAAGUGAAAGUUCUUCCAGUGAUUCAUCAAGUGAAUAUUCUGAUUGGACAGCAGAUGCUGGAAUAAAUUUACAACCCCCAAAAAGACAAACCAGACAGACAACACGGAAAAUAUGCAGCAGCUCUGAUGAGGAAAAUUUGAAGUCCCUAGAAGAAAGGCAAAAGAAACCUAAGCAGACUAGAAAGAAGAAAGGAGGACUGGUUUCUAUGGCAGGUGAGCCUAAUGAAGAAUGGUUUGCCCCUCAGUGGAUCUUGGAUACUAUACCCCGACGUUCCCCAUUUGUUCCACAAAUGGGAGAUGAGCUUAUCUAUUUUAGGCAAGGACAUGAAGCUUAUGUUCGGGCUGUAAGGAAAUCAAAAAUAUACAGUGUUAAUUUACAAAAACAGCCAUGGAACAAAAUGGAUCUCAGGGAGCAAGAGUUUGUUAAGAUUGUAGGAAUCAAAUAUGAGGUUGGCCCACCCACACUGUGCUGCUUGAAGCUUGCAUUUCUGGACCCAAUUUCAGGCAAAAUGACUGGAGAAUCUUUUUCCAUUAAGUAUCAUGACAUGCCAGAUGUCAUUGACUUCCUUGUGCUACAUCAGUUUUAUAAUGAAGCCAAAGAAAGGAACUGGCAGAUUGGUGAUAGAUUCCGCAGUAUAAUAGAUGACGCCUGGUGGUUUGGAACUGUGGAGAGUCAGCAGCCUUUUCAACCAGAGUAUCCUGAUAGUUCUUUCCAGUGUUAUAGUGUUCACUGGGACAAUAAUGAGAGAGAAAAGAUGAGCCCCUGGGAUAUGGAGCCAAUUCCAGAAGGAACUGCCUUUCCAGAUGAAGUUGGUGCUGGUGUCCCUGUCUCCCAGGAAGAAUUGACUGCUUUGCUAUACAAACCCCAGGAAGGAGAGUGGGGGGCUCAUUCCAGAGAUGAAGAAUGUGAACGGGUUAUUCAGGGCAUCAACCACCUUCUUUCCCUGGAUUUUGCCAGCCCUUUUGCUGUUCCAGUGGAUCUCAGUGCCUACCCCUUGUAUUGUACUGUAGUUGCUUAUCCAACUGACCUCAAUACCAUCAGGCGGAGACUUGAAAAUCGCUUUUACAGGAGAAUAUCAGCAUUAAUGUGGGAGGUACGCUAUAUUGAGCAUAAUGCCAGGACUUUCAAUGAGCCAGACAGUCCUAUAGUUAAAGCAGCUAAAAUUGUAACUGAUGUCUUACUUCGAUUUAUUGGGGAUCAGAGCUGUACUGAUAUACUGGAUACUUAUAAUAAAAUUAAAGCAGAAGAACGAAACAGUACUGAUGCAGAGGAGGAUACAGAAAUGGUUGAUUUAGAUUCAGACGGUCCUGGUACUUCAUCUGGAAGAAGGGUCAAAUGCCGAGGCAGAAGACAGUCUUUAAAGUGUAAUCCUGAUGCUUGGAAAAAACAAUGCAAAGAACUAUUGAGCCUCAUUUAUGAACGUGAAGACUCAGAGCCAUUUCGACAGCCAGCCGAUCUUCUUUCUUACCCAGGUUAUCAGGAGCAAGAGGGAGAAUCCUCAGAGUCUAUUGUUCCAGAAAGACAACAAGAUUCAUCUCUUUCUGAGGAUUAUCAAGAUGUUAUAGAUACUCCUGUGGACUUCAGCACUGUGAAAGAAACUUUGGAAGCAGGAAACUAUGGUAGUCCUCUGGAAUUUUAUAAGGAUGUUCGCCAAAUAUUCAACAACUCCAAAGCUUAUACCUCUAAUAAAAAGUCAAGGAUUUAUAGCAUGAUGCUGCGAUUAUCUGCCUUAUUUGAAAGUCAUAUCAAAAAUAUCAUCUCUGAGUAUAAGUCAGCAAUCCAGAGUCAGAAGAGGAGAAGGCCACGGUACAGAAAACGUCUAAGAAGCAGCAGCAGUUCGUUAUCUAGUAGUGGAGCACCUAGUCCAAAAGGGAAGCAGAAACAAAUGAAGUUGCAGCCUAAAAAUGACCAGAAUACCUCAGUAUCUUAUGCCAGGACUAGCUCUCCUUUCUCAUCUCCUGUUUCAGAUGCUGCUGAAGGGCUUUCACUAUAUCUACUUGAUGAUGAGCCAGAUGGGCCAUUUUCUUCAUCGAGCUUUGGUGGAUAUAGCCGAAGUGGAAAUAGCCAUGACCCAGGGAAAGCCAAAUCAUUGCGGAAUAGAGUUUUGCCAGUUAAACAAGAUCACUCCCUUGAUGGACCCCUUACAAAUGGUGAUGGCAGAGAGCCCCGGACAGGAAUCAAGAGAAAACUACUUAGUGCAUCAGAAGAAGAUGAAAACAUGGGAGGAGAAGAUAAAGAGAAAAAAGAAACAAAAGAGAAGUCUCAUUUAUCCACCUCAGAAAGUGGAGAGUUAGGAUCCAGUUUAAGUUCUGAAAGUACCUGUGGUUCUGACUCUGACUCUGAAUCAACUUCCAGAACAGAUCAAGAUUACGUAGAUGGAGACCAUGAUUAUAGCAAAUUCAUACAAACCAGACCUAAAAGAAAACUCAGAAAGCAACAUGGCAAUGGAAAAAGAAAUUGGAAGACCAGAGGCACAGGAGGAAGAGGCAGAUGGGGAAGAUGGGGUAGAUGGAGUAGAGGAGGCAGAGGAAGAGGAGGCAGGGGACGAGGGAGUAGAGGAAGAGGUGGAGGUGGCACUAGGGGGAGGGGAAGAGGGAGAGGAGGAAGAGGUGCUUCUAGAGGAGCUACCAGAGCCAAGCGAGCACGUAUUGCAGAUGAUGAAUUUGAUACCAUGUUUUCAGGACGUUUCAGUAGACUGCCUCGAAUUAAAACAAGAAACCAAGGCAGGAGGACUGUUUUAUAUAAUGAUGAUUCUGAUAAUGACAAUUUUGUGUCCACUGAGGAUCCUCUGAAUCUUGGUACAUCCAGAUCAGGCAGAGUGCGUAAAAUGACAGAAAAAGCCAGGGUUAGCCAUCUCAUGGGAUGGAAUUAUUAACAGUUAAUAAAUUUAGAAUAACUUAAAAAAUUCAAUGGCCUUCUACUGCAGGGAAUUUACCAGGAAAUCUACAAAGCAAGUUGUGUGGGGACUUCUGCUUCCUUUCACAUUGGUGCUUUUCCAUUUAUGCCAGUAUACAUUUGUUUCAAGACUUUUGAUCUCCACACUUCAUUUGUUCAAAUAAGCCUUACUCAUUAGGCCUUAAAUUAAAAGAAAUUCUGCCCACACACACACACACACAAACACACACACACACACACGAAACACAACACAGACACACUACAGAUUUACUACAUUAAAGGAGCAUUCAGCUUCUUAAGAGUAGCAUGACAUUUUUAUCUCAAUAGAAUAGCCCUCUUUUGCUUUUGUAUCACAGAAGUAUAGCACCUUCUUACAGAGUUUUAUAUAGUUUGUUUUUGCCAUUUUGAUUCCUAUACCCAGUAAUAAUAACUUUUGCACAAUACACCAAUCCUAAAGGCAGCUAUUAAAUGUUUACAGUUUCUAUAUUGUAAGAGCGAUCUGGAUUAUUUUACUCUUCCCAGGCCAAACUUUCAUGACUUGUACUGAACUGAAGUAUAUAUUUAUACUACAGUUUUUUGGGGGGUGGGGGGAUCUUGAUAUGCUUUUCAUUGAUUUGCAUAAUUCACGUUAAAGGUGAGAAAGGGUUGGUGCCUUGUAAAUAUGUAGCAGAUCUUCGUGGUGUGUUCUGAUGUGUGCAUUAACUUUAUUAAAAAAGAAUACUUGAGGUAUCAAUCUAGACAAGGUGCCAAAUGCAAAAGUUUCCUGCAUCAAUUUUUUUUCCUAUCACAUUUUAUUGCAUUAAUAGAAUUUGUGUAGCUUAAAUAACUUAAACAUUUGAAAAAUCCUCAUCCACAAAGAACAACUUCUUUGAACAGUAGCUCAGCUACCUCUUAACUACAACUACUGGAAACAUUAAGGAAAAUAGAUGCUGUUAUUCCUUACUGACUAAGGAGAAAUAGAACAAGCUUAGUAGGAAUGAAUACCCAUAAGUUAUAAGCUGAGAGGUUGUUAAUAAUUGUAUUGGCUCUCAAAUUAAUAAUUGUAAUUAACAAACUUUCAUAAGUAUAGUAUGCUCUACCUUAGACUUUCUUAGAACAUGAACAUAUUUGUGUAAGUAGACUUGGGCUACUGCUCAUAUAUUUCUGCUCCACUUACCAUUUAACAGCUGUGAGUUACUGGUUUUCAUUUGAAUCUUAAAAUUUAACAAAGCACCUAGUUUGAGUUGGAAUGUUUUGGCUAGCUAGUAUUAUGAAUCAACUUAUAGAUUCUGCUCAUAUCAUUCCAAAGGGUUCUUCUGUUCUAGUCUUUCAGGAAAGAACCUUAUUGCACUGCACACUGAUGUUGUGAAUCAUUAUUUUAUAGAUAAAAAGCAUCUUUAAAAACCCUUAUUGUCUUGUUUACAGCAGUAGAGUGCACAUGGUUCCAUAAGUGAGCUUGAGUUUCAAGGUCAAUUUUAGUCCCCAAAUUUAAUAUUACAGAUUUGUUGAUUUGUUAGAUACUUACAUUUCUGAGGUAAGAGGGAUAAUAUCAAUUUAUGUUUCUGUAACAGCAAAUUUGUUGCACUUAGAUCAGGCUCAUGGGAUAAAACAGACUUCUUAGUGUAUACCUAGCUAUCCCAGGAUUUUUCUUAAGCUAAUGUGUUUGUCUCAUGCUUUCAAUCAUUUCAUGCAUCUGAAAACCCUUAAGUGCAGAGGAAGGUGUACACACAUAAAACUUUGCUUUUUUGGUAGGGUCGGCAGUAGGGUUAUUCUUGGACUAACAUCUUUAAGCAGUUUUCACUUGCAGUAGAAAUGAUGUUCAGGCUUUAAGAGAAAGUAUUGUUGUGAAUUGUUAAUGGCACUAACUUCUGUUACUAGACAGCAGACCAAGCUAUUUUUUUGUUGUAGUCUUUUUUUCACUAAACCAAAACUACUACUGGUUGUAACUCAGCUGCCACUUUUAACCAUAGUAGAGAUUCAAAACGUUCCUAUUUGAAACUACAUUUGGUUUUUCCUAAAACGUGCUGUUUCAGUUAUUUAUCUCUUGGGCAUUUAGACUAAAUCGUGCCUGUAUUCCUGAAAUCAAUAAUACUUUGGCCUAUCCUGAUCUAAGUAACAUAGUUACUUAAAUUCCUGGAUAUACCCAAAUAUGGAUCACAUGUAUCAUUUUAGUGUGAAAUUUUUUGUUGACAUUCUUCUAUGAAGAGCUGACCUCUUGAAAUGUAGAAGAAUUGACAUUUGUGUGAUUUUGGCUAUCUGGAGCUUUAUUUAUAAUUUAUUUUGAAAAAUAAAAAUGCCACAUUUAUUUCCCAAAUGUCAAGAUUUUCUAGAAUUAGAUAAUUAGAAUAAUAAGGCUGAAGACAUUUUAAAGCAUAUUUUAUAUGUAGUGAAAUACUGUGAAAAUAUUAGUGAACAGCACUUUGCUGUAAUGUUUAUUUCAGUUAUUAAGAUUUAAAGAGUUAGUCAUCAGGGUAUGUUAGAUAAACAUAGUUAUCAUUUAUUAAACAAACAGAUAAUUUUCUGUUUGCAUGCAAAUUAUUUUAAUAAGUGUGAAAAUAAAAGUUUGGAAGAUAGUA